UCAACAUUUCUUGCCGAUGUAUUGCAUACCAUAUUACGCACACACAAGUCCAAACGAAUGUUAUGCACGACCUUAUUUAGUUUUUUUUUUUUAUAUAUAUAAUUUUACGUGGAUAGUUUUUUUUUUUAAUAUAAUUUUACAUGUACAUGUGUUUGGCAAACCACUACAUACACUUGUGCUUCUACUCAUCACAGGGGAUGAUUCUUCUCACUUUGGCUGUAUCACUCAAGAGCUUGAGGCCAACAUGCACCAACGGCAUUUGCAGCAAGGCUUCCACCUUACAAAUUUCAUUUUUUUACAUGGCACUCUACACUAUGGCAAUUGGAGCUGGUGGAACAAAACCCAAUAUCUCAACCUUUGGUGCAGACCAGUUUGAUGACUUUAAUCCCAGUGAGAAAGAGAUCAAGGCCUCUUUCUUCAACUGGUGGAUGUUCACCUCAUUCUUAGGUGCUUUGGUAGCCACUUUAGGCCUAGUCUACAUUCAAGAGAAUUUGGGAUGGGGUCUAGGCUAUGGCAUUCCAACGGUUGGUCUUCUAUUGUCCCUUGUAAUUUUCUAUAUUGGGACACCAAUUUAUCGCCAUAAAGAUAGGACAUGCAAAAGUCCUGCAAGAGACCUAAUUUGUGUCCCAAUUGCUGCCUUUAGGAACCGAAGACUUCAACUCCCUACUAACCCCUCAGGUCUUUAUGAGCACGAGCAUCAACAUUACAUUAGUUGUGGAAAACGACAAAUCUAUCACACAUCAGCUUUGAGGUUUUUGGACAAGGCUGCAAUUAAAGAAGGCAGUAACAUUGGUUCGUCAAGGGCACCGUUGAGCGUUACCCAAGUGGAAGGAUUCAAGCUUGUGUUUCGUAUGGUCCUAAUAUGGCUUGUCACCCUGAUUCCUAGCACUAUUUGGGCUCAAAUAAACACUCUUUUCGUGAAACAAGGUAUAACCUUGGACCGAAAGCUUGGUCCUAGUUUUCAAAUUCCAGCAGCUUCUCUUGGGAGCUUCGUGACCCUCUCCAUGCUUCUCUCAGUGCCAAUAUAUGACCGAUAUUUUGUGCCAUUCAUGAGUAGGAAAACGGGCAACCCUAGAGGAAUCACGUUGCUUCAAAGGCUCGGAACUGGAUUUUCAAUUCAGAUUGUAGCCAUUGCAAUUGCUUAUGCAGUUGAAGUUAGAAGAAUGCAUGUCAUAAAAGCAAAUCACAUAGUUGGUCCUAAAGACAUUGUCCCUAUGAGUAUAUUGUGGCUGUUGCCUCAGUACGUUCUAAUUGGGAUAGCUGACGUGUUCAAUGCCAUUGGAUUGCUAGAAUUUUUCUACGAUCAAUCCCCAGAAGACACACGAAGUCUUGGAACAACGUUUUUCACUAGUGGGAUCGGUGUUGGGAACUUCUUGAACAGCUUUUUGGUGACGAUGGUUGAUAAGAUUACAAGGAGUGAGAGAAAGAGAUGGAUAGGUGACAACCUAAACGAUUGUCACUUGGAUUACUACUAUGUGUUUCUGUUAGUCCUAUCGAUUAUGAAUUUAGGUGCGUUUCUUUGGGUAUCAAGUAGAUACAUUUACAAGAGGGAGAACAUGGGAGAAGAGACUGUGUGUGUUCAUGUGGAAGGCAAAGUGUGA